CGUUGACCUCGCAUCCAGCAACAGAAGAAAAUUCAUACUAUGAGUAACUUAUGUUGAAAACCUGUGUUUAAUGCAGACGCUGACUUCAAAUGCUUUGAUUUUUUAAUUUGAAACUCUUGUGGCAUUUUCACGCUCGAAAACAUGUCCCUGCCACCAGAAAAAGCAACUGAAUUAAAACAAAUAAUCCAUGAUCAUUUAAUCAAGUUGUACGUUACUAGAAAUGCAUUACGGUUUGUUUUCCGAUAUGAUGAUGAUGAUGAUGUUGUUGUUUUUACUGAAAUGACAAACAACAAGCAGCUGAAGACAACUAACAUCAGUCCACUAAGGAGAUACCUCUACCUACAAGUUCUUGGCGGUAAGGCCUUCCUGGAACACUUGCAGGAGCCGGAACCUUUACCUGGUCAGGUGUGCUCUACGUUCACCCUUCAUCUCCACUUCCGCAACCAGCGCUUCCGCUCCAAACCAGUCCCAUGUGCCUGUGAACCAGACCUGCAGGAGGGCUUUCUUCUGGAAGUUCACAGAGAUGGCCCAGGAGAUGCUAGCAAGAUGGCUGAUGCUACCACAAUGCUGUCCAUCUGUGAUCCAGUGCACAUGGUGCUGAUUAAAACCGACACGUCUGGGGACACAACACUCAUUUCUUCUUAUUUUCUUGACUGGCGGAGAGUUCUCGGUGCUCUCAACGGGAAAAGCAGUGUCUCAGCAGAACUGCUGGGAGUGGGUAAGCAAAUUAGUCUAUUCCUCCUAGGAAAAAAAGAUCUUGGUCUGGCAACGGUCUGGGAUGAUCACCUGUCAUACCUGCUGUCGGCAGCGCUGUCGGCGUAUGAACUAGAGCGCUGUACAGGUGUGUCGUGUGGAAACGAGGAGUUUCAGGAUGCCGUGAGAAGAGCGGUACCUGACGGACACACUUUUAAAGGCUUUCCUAUUCAUUUCUUGCACCGUAAUGCACGCAGGGCAUUCGCUACCUGCCUCAGGUCACCGUUCUGUGACGAGAUUGUUUGCUGCCGAGGGGAUCAUGUGCGACUGGCGGUGAGGGAUCUUGGUCUGGCAACGGUCUGGGAUGAUCACCUGUCAUACCUGCUGUCGGCAGCGCUGUCGGCGUAUGAACUAGAGCGCUGUACAGGUGUGUCGUGUGGAAACGAGGAGUUUCAGGAUGCCGUGAGAAGAGCGGUACCUGACGGACACACUUUUAAAGGCUUUCCUAUUCAUUUCUUGCACCGUAAUGCACGCAGGGCAUUCGCUACCUGCCUCAGGUCACCGUUCUGUGACGAGAUUGUUUGCUGCCGAGGGGAUCAUGUGCGACUGGCGGUGAGGGUUCGUGUCUUUGCCUAUCCAGAGUCAGCUUGUGCUGUGUGGAUCAUGUUUGCUUGCAAGUACAGAUCAGUGCUGUAACUGAAAGCAGUAUGACCAUUCACCUCAGGUUCAUAGAAUUCACAAAUCUCCUUUACAGCUCCUUAAACUAAUCUGCUGGGUCUGGAGUAUUAUUAUGAGUUUUGCAACUACAUGUAUGCCAUUUAAAUCUAUGCUGCUCAUAUAUGUGCAGUACAAUUACAAUUGUUUUACAUGUACUGUGUGUUUGUGUCAGUUGGAGGCUGUUAAAUUGGUAUUUAUGGAUAUAUUUUUCUAAAUAAAUCACUUUUACAAUGCC